UCACUCUCUUCCCUCCGACGGGACUUUCUUCUUCGAGAGGAUGGAAGCGAUUUCUGGUUCCGUUAGAAAGCUUAUUUUUUUACUAUUUUUUCACACAUAUAUAAUGUCUCAGUUAGAUCUAGGGCAACCUCUCCUUCAUUUUUCAAUUGACGGCAAAGAACCAGCAUCCCUCCAGGAACUUCCUGUGUUGAUUAUCCUUGCUCUUAGAUUUAACGGAACGAGAUUCUGGUAACAGGUUUCAUGGCAAAAGACAGAUCCUAUUGGUCUCAUAGACAAAAGCAGCGUCAAAAACUUCUCCGAAAGAUCUUGGAUCAAGAAUGGGAUGCAUGCUGGGCAAUUGCUCCAGCAAGACAUUUAGACGCUUUGUUUAGGAAGGAAAGACUUUUAGGGGCUCGUGAGGAAUUGUCGAUUCAAGAAAUUAUUGAUAUGAUGCCUAGGGGUAAAUUAGAGAAUCGUCGUCUUACGAAUUUUGAUGCGUUGAUAAACAUUCUCAAGGAAGGAACAGUCUUAGAGAGUGAGAAUCCAUUGAAUUAUGGAUUUGCAGAGGAAAGUACUGAAGCUGCAACUGUCCGAACGUACAAAGCUGCAAAGGUCACUUUGCACAAGUCUGAGGAUUAUGCUGAUAAAGAUUAUGAUGAUAUGCUUGAGGAAAAUAUCAGAAUUUCACCAAUAGCAGCACGCCUUGUUCUGGUUAAUGACGAUUAUGAUGCUAUUGAAGGAAAAUCAAUCUAUCUUCCAGAUCCAUUAGCACCUGAGGAUGCAGGACAUCUAUUGUUGCUUACCGGGUUUGGAGUUGAUGCAAAUGGCAUAGAGUUUUGGGAGGCGCAGGAUUCAUACGGACGGAAGCAUGGAGAUGGCGGGUUUAUAAGGAUAGCUAGAAAAGAAAACUUGAUCUCGGAUUUCUUUGUGAUGGAAAUUGAUAAAGAACCAAAAACUUGAGGUAACUCUUUAAUGCUUGGAUCAGGUCUUCUGAUCUUUCAUAGGUUUUAAAACUCUGUGUAACCAGUAGUAAGUAAGUCUAUUAGGAGAUCGAUAAGGCUCUGACAUUUCUUAGGUUUGAGUUGUUUUUAAGAUCAAAAUCAUAUUCUGCAAAUGUAAGCUGCUUCAAAGUUUGUCGGUGUAUUGAAUCUUAUCACUCUUAAUUCUGACAAGCUUUGGUUUGCAUUAAAAAUGAUGACUCUUUCAUUUCCGGUUGAAUUACAUUGACAAAAAGUUUUCCCCUGAAACUAGCCAAUUGAUUCUUGUUUGGAGCCUCCAAAUUUGUAGAACUCAAUACAUAAGUAACAAGGGUUUCUGAUAACACAUCAUGUGGAGCAGAAGAGUCCAGUCCAGGUAUUCUACUUUGUAGAUUCCCUAUGUAAUGCACAUUUGGUGGAAACACAAUACAUCCCUCUUCAUUUUCUGUAAUGAAACAUGAGAUGAAGCUGAUAAGCCCGUUGCAAGAACUGGUCCUCAUGAUCA